AUGGAAUUUGAUCCGUUCGAAUUAGAAGAAGCUAUGAAGCAGCUUAAAAAGGAAUACCCCAAUCCACGCCUUAAUCAAGUGGAGCUCAACGCGCAUUAUGAGGAUGCGGAAAUGAGUGGCAAUCGGCAGAGGAUCGGUCAUUAUCAUGGGUUGCUUCGUGCCAACAAAAGGGAGAUCGGUGCUCUCUGGAACAAACCAGAUGAUUUCCGCAAGGUAUUCGAGUUGAUGGCUGAAGACAUGCGCCAGACUCGUGACGAGGCUUUGUAUGCGCACCCAGCUCCAGCUAGGGAUACGGGAACUGAAUCGCAAUCUGGAUCUCGACCCGAGUCUCAACGUAAGCCACUGGAUAUCGCUGAAGGAGUCCGCAUGCUAAAAAGGCGCGCGGGCUGA